AUGGGAUCCAAAGGCUCACUUAAAACACCAAAAGGAACCCGUGAUUGGGUGGGUGGAGAUCUGCUCCUGCGCAACCACAUCUUCCAAACGAUCAGCACCGUCUUAGAGCGCCACGGCGGAGUCCCCCUCGACACGCCCGUGUUCGAGCUCCGAAGCAUCCUCUCGGAAAAAUACGGCGAAGACUCCAAGCUGAUCUACGACCUAGCCGACCAGGGAGGCGAGGCAUGCUCGCUGCGCUACGAUCUGACAGUCCCGUUCGCGCGCUGGCUGUCCAUGCGUACCGACGUCCAGCAUAUCAAGCGCUACCAGAUCGCCAAGGUCUACCGGCGCGACCAGCCCGCCAUCUCGCGUGGUCGUUUGCGCGAGUUUUACCAGUGCGACUUUGAUAUUGCUGGUGUUUACGGCCCUAUGAUUCCCGAUGCCGAGGUUCUAUGUAUUAUCGCCGAGGUAUUUGAGGCGUUCGAGAUUGGUGUCGCCGUUAAGCUCAACCACCGCAAGAUUCUUGAUGAGUUGUUUGAGAUAGCUGGCGUGCCGGCUGAUAAGAUACGUACAACCAGCUCUGCCGUGGAUAAGUUGGACAAGGCGCCGUGGGACGAGGUUAGGAAGGAAAUGCUGGAGAAUGGACUUUCGGAAGAGGUUGCGGACCGUGUGGGUGGCUACGUGCAGCGCAAGGGCAGCAUGGGCGAGAUGCUGGAAAACUUGGAUCUGAUUCCGAUCUCGCCACAAGCUAUGGGCGUUAUCGACCUAGUCUCGUUCGACCUGUCGCUUGCAAGGGGACUCGACUACUACACGGGCUUGAUCUACGAGGUGAUCGUCGGAGACGGCGCCAGUGAUCGUACCCAAGUUGGCAGUAUUGCUGCGGGCGGUCGUUAUGACGAUCUGGUGGGCAUGUACGGUCGUCGCCCCUUGCCGUGCGUCGGCAUAUCGUUUGGCAUGGAUCGCAUUUUUACCAUCCUCGACGCCCGGCGUGAAAAGAAGAGCAGCUCCGAUCUCGGCGGUCAAGUGCAAGUCUACAUCAUGGCAUUUGGCGGUAAAGAGUUCGAUGGGCUUUUAUUAGAGCGCAUGCGGGUGGCUCGCCAGCUAUGGGCAGCAGGGAUUCGAGCCGAGUUCGCCGCCAAGGUGAAACCGAAACCACUUCAGCAGUUCAACACAUCCGAGGGCGUACCCGUUGCGGUCAUACUCGGUCAGGGUGAGGUAGAGGCCGGAAGGGUGCGGGUGAAGCGCCUUCAUGUCGGGGACAAGGCCGCGGAACAGAAAGAUAAGGGGCAGCUGGUGGCGAGAGAGGGACUCGUGGAAGAAGUUGUGACGAACCUACUUCUGGACCCGGUCCUGUUAGGGUUCGGCUUCGGUCGAAGGUAA